UCCCACCAGCCUGCACCCACAGCUGAGAUGUGCUCUGCUCCUGGACCCGCUGCAGACCGAGAGCACAACACACACUCGCCAGGGAGCGUCCCUGCCUGAUCCCGGCCGGCCGCAGGGCUCGGAGCACAGCACAUUUCUGCUUCCUGGGACAGUCCCCGGCCUGGGUGCCAAAGCCCAGGACUCUCGGCCCUGGGAGAGGCAGAAGGCGGCCGGUGGCCGAGGGCGGGAGAUGCAGAGCACGGCCAACUACCUGUGGCACACGGACGACCUGCUGGGGCAGGGGGCCACCGCCAGCGUGUACAAGGCUCGGAACAAGAAAUCCGGGGAGCUGGUCGCCGUGAAGGUCUUCAACGCCGCCAGCUACCUGCGGCCCCGCGAGGUGCAGGUGAGGGAGUUCGAGGUCCUGCGGAAGCUGAACCACCAGAACAUCGUCAAGCUCUUCGCGGUGGAGGAGACGGGGGCCGGCCGGCAGAAGGUCCUGGUGAUGGAGUACUGCUCCAGCGGGAGCCUGCUCACCGUGCUGGAGAGCCCGGAGAACGCCUUCGGGCUGCCCGAGGACGAGUUCCUGGUGGUGCUGCGCUGUGUGGUGGCCGGCAUGAACCACCUGCGGGAGCACGGCAUCGUCCACCGCGACAUCAAGCCGGGCAACAUCAUGCGGCUGCUCGGGGAGGAGGGCCAGAGCAUCUACAAGCUCACCGACUUCGGGGCCGCCCGCGAGCUGGACGACGACGAGCAGUUCGUCUCCGUCUACGGGACCGAGGAGUACCUGCACCCGGACAUGUAUGAGCGGGCGGUGCUUCGCAAGCCCCCGCAGAAGGCCUUUGGGGUGAGCGUGGACCUCUGGAGCAUCGGGGUGACCCUGUACCACGCAGCCACUGGCAGCCUGCCCUUCGUCCCCUUUGGCGGGCCACGGCGCAACAAGGAGAUCAUGUACCGGAUCACCACGGAGAAGCCGUCCGGGGCCAUCGCGGGCACACAGAGGCAGGAGAACGGGCCCCUGGAGUGGAGCUACGGCCUCCCCAUCACCUGCCAGCUGUCCAUGGGCCUGCAGAGCCAGCUGGUGCCCGUGCUGGCCAACAUCCUGGAGGUGGAGCCGGCCAAGUGCUGGGGCUUCGACCAGUUCUUCGCGGAGACCAGCGACAUCCUGCAGCGCGUCAUCGUGCACGUGUUCUCGCUGUCCCAGGCGGUCCUGCACCACGUCUUCAUCCACGCCCACAACACGAUAGCCAUCUUCCUGGAGGCCGUGUACGAGCAGACCAGCGUGGCCCCCCAGAACCAGGAGUACCUAUUCGAGGGUCACCUCUGCGUCCUCGAGCCCAACCUCUCCGCACAGCACAUCGCCCACACGACCGCCAGCAGCCCCCUGACGCUGUGCAGCGCGGCCACGGAGGCCCCCGCGGGGCUGGCCUUCAAGGACCCCGCUCUGGACAUCACCAAGUUUGUGCCCAAAGUGGACCUGCAGGCGGAUUACAACACGGCCAAGGGUUUGUUGGGUGCCGGCUACCAGGCCCUGCGGCUGGCACGGGCCCUGCUGGCCGGGCAGAAGCUGAUGCUUCGGGGAUUGCACUGGUUCUUGGAGACGCUGCAGGCGACCUGCCGGCGGACACUGGAGGUCGUGCGGAUGGCCCUCCUCUUCCUCAGCAGCAGCCUGGGCGCCGAGAGGCUCAGCAACAUGGCCGGGGUGCCUGAGAUCCAGGAACUGCAGAGGGCCUCGGAGCUGAGGUCUCAGCUGCGGACUCUGGCCGAGAUCCUCUCCGGAUUCUCCCGCAGCCUCAUGGAGAAGCACAUGAGCCUGAGCAGCCUGGGCCUGGAGCUGGCGAAGAGCCGGGAUCAGGUACAUGAGGACAGAAGCAUCCAGCAGAUUCAGUGCUGCCUGGACAAGAUGCACCUCAUCUUCAAGCAGUUCCGGAAGGCCAGGCUGAGACCAGGGCUUGGCUACAACGAGGAGCAGAUCCACAAGCUGGAUAAGGUGAACUUUAGCCAUUUAGCCAAGAGGCUCCUGCAGGUCUUCCAGGAGGAGUGCGUGCAGAAGUACCAGGCGGCGCUGGUCACGCACAGCGACCGCCUGAGGCUGGUUCAGGAGGCCAGGAACCACCUGCGCCUGGUGGCCCGCUCCGUGGCUGCCUACAGCGCCGAAGCCCGGGAGGUGCAGGAGGGCCUCAGCAAGAUCCUCGACUGGCUGUCUCUCCAGCUCCUUCAGGACAGAGCGAAGGGGGCCCAGGCCUCCCCAGCCCCCACAGCCCCGUAUUCCAGUCCUGCCCCGGAGGACCUGGGCCUUCAGCUGCAGGACCUGGGUCUCCAGGAAGGGGUCGGUCAGGGCACCUUCGGCCUCAGGCCCAGCGGCCGCUCUUGCCUCUGCCUGGACAGCAUGGAGGAGCUCUGUAAGGAGAUGAAGCUGCUGGCCUCCGACCUCCAGGACAACAACUGCAUCAUCGAAGGGUUGAGUCGGGUGCAGUUGGCCCCUGACGCCUGAGCUCCAUGGAUGCAAAGGCGGCCUGAAGCAUUAGAAUCAUGGGAACCAGCCCAGGGAUCUCCCUGAUCCCACCCUCAGCCUACCUCCCUCCUGGCCGACCGCUGGGGCUGUCACAGCAUUACCUUCCCUGCCUGAAUGCGGGCACCACGCGGUCUGUGGGGACCCACCGGACACCCUAUGCAGGCUCGGGCACAGCUCCUCGGUGGCCAGGCGCGCGCGGUCCCCUGGCACCCACAGCCGAACAUUGCGGGGCCCGGGGGAGAGGCUCCGACAGCCCCCUCCCCGGGUUACAGGGCUCCGCUCCUCAGGGAACCGAAGGGAGGCCCCACGGGGGUUCCCCAGGGUGCUGGGCCCAGUGGCCUCAUCUCAGUCUUCCUUCCUCCUUGGUGUUUUGUUUUCUUGUUGAACAAGCAGCCCUCUCCCCUCUCCUCUGGUUUCUGAGGGCCACACACUCGGUCGGCCGCAGGCAUCGCAGAGUCUGGUUUGCCUUCAGCUCCUGGUCUGGAGGAGCCUCAGGGCAAGAGAGUGGGUGGCAGGGGUGCCGUUGCCCGGGGACUUUCCCCUUCCCUCUCCCUCUGAGGCACCACCAGUCCUGGGACGCCAGCCAGCCGGUCAGGAAUGGCCAUGCAAUCAGCACAGGCCUGUACGUCCACAGCCCCGAGGGGAGGAAGGCCUGCCCCUUUAAGAAGUGCAAUAAACGUGCCUUCCUGUCUG